UCAAAAAUGUCUGUUUAGGAAGGGAAGCAUACAUGCAUGCGAAUAUAAAAAUGCUACUAUACUGUUUCGCAUUGUCUCCGCCUAGUUAACUGAAGACGUGGGUAUCUCAUGUGUGUUUAGCUGGGAUCGCGGUUGGAGAAACCUGAAGACUUGUCAUGUCCGACAAGUGUCCCAAACUGAAGCUGAAGAGGAAGAAGUGUGCAGCUCAGGAGUGCAGCUUUGUGACAGAGCGCAAAGCCCCGCGGCAAAGCGCCUCCCAGGCCGGCCAUGCCGGUGCCGCGGCGAGCACGAUGCCUGCCGCACAUGAUGCAUGGUGGGAUAAGGCCGACCUCCCGGGGAUGCAGCAGCUGUGGGCAUCUGUCUUGAAGGCUGCUGUCCCGCAGCUGGGGCAGGACAUCUGGAAAGCUGUGCCCGUCCUUCCUGCGGCUCCUCCGCCGAAGCCGUCAGACGGCGAGAGUGCUGGGGGCCGGUGGUGCUGCCCCCUCGCCGACGAGGUGCCUCCCUUCCCCCCGGCCGUUAAUCCGCAUGUCCGCCCCGUCACCAACACGGACAUCUGCACGCCCAGCAGUCCUCUGCGCCCGGCUGAUCCCGGGCCAGAUCCGAGGAAAGACGGGAGCGCGCGGCGGGCCUGCGAUCCUGCUGGCCGGCAGGUGCGAGGAGGAGAGAUGGCGGGGGGCGGCGUCCGUCUGGACACGGCGAUGGGGCGGCGGCCCCCGGCCUUACGGGAGACGGCGGCGGCCGUGGGCGGGAGCCCAGGGACCGCAGGGGCGGCCGCGGGCGAGAGAUACUCGUGUGGCAUGACUGAGAGCGGCCCGGAGACGAUCCCUACGGGGCUGCGGAAUGAGUCCGAGUGCCUGGGGGCUGAUGGGAAUCUGAGAGGGGCCGCCGGCUUGGCAAGCUGCCCCCUGUGCACCAUGGCGUUCCCUGCCGGGUUCAGCCAGAUGGACUGUGACGGACACCUCGCCAAAUGCCUCUCCGAGAUGAAUGAAGACGUCACAUGGUGAUCCAGUCUUUCGGUUGAUUCAUUCUCCCGUUCUGCUUUCUCUAUGCCAAUCUAAAGAUUGCGUUUGCAAGUAUUUCAGUUCAUUGUGUCUUUACUGUAUCACUGGCAUUGUAGAGUGUGGAAUAUGUUGUUGUCAAUGUCAAACAUGGAGUCAGACAGCAAAGUUGUUCGGAAACUGAACAUCUUACCAAGAAGAUUCAAUUACCAGGUUGGAGCCAUGGAAGGUUAUUUCAAACUGGAUCACAUCAGUAGACGUUCCACUAUAAAAUGGGUACUGAACUGGAAAAUAUUAUCUGUACAAUCUGCUCUUGAAUGUCUGGUGGACAGCUAAAUGCAUCCAGAUGAAAAAAACGUGAAUCUAUACAUGCAUGCCUUGAGUCUUCUUGGAGUGCGAUUCUGUUUUCCCCGACGACUCAUUUUUACCCAUGAAGCCCUUUCCUGUCUGCACACCUCCUCAAUUCUGCUUCUCCUGAGAUUACGGAUCUUCUUGGAGCACCAUGCUAUGUACUGAAAGCCUGUGCUAUGUGGAAGCACUGACCUUCCAGAGAAGCAGGACCCUUCGUCAGGCCGGAGACUCAGGCCAGUGCAGCAUGGAUCCUGAACUCAGACGACAGAUGGCCGUGUACUUUCCGCUUUGUGUUCCAAGCCCUUCUCUUGGUCUCUCUGGUGUGGUUGCCUCACAAAAAGUUCAUCCAGUGCCUGUGGGUUCCUCCAAAAUCGCCACAGUUGCAUCAUGUGGCAAUGCGUCAUGUGGCAAUGUAGCUGCCGCUACAUUGCCACAUGAUGCUAAUAGGUGCAAUCGCCAGAUAUCCUUGACUGUGAUAAAUGAGUAAUUGAAAGAAUGCAGGGAGAUCCAUGGACCCCUGAAGUAUGUGGUAAUACUUGCAUGACCCAAAAGAGACCAAGCAGAACCAAACAAAUGUCAGAAAGGAAAACCACAGUUAUGGGGGUACUGGGAAGAACCUACUACUGGUUUAAACACGGCCGUUACCAUUGGUUGUAAAAGUCUGAGAAGGCAUUAAAGAACGCGUCAUGUUCCAUAUUAA